CCCACCUGGGGACCCUUUUCGAAGUAAAGUUCCGGUCACGUGCGGGCGCCUGUGCUGCCUCGAGGCCCGCGGCUGUCGGUUGAGCAGCCAACGGAGGCGUGUGGAGGACCCCCAGGGCCGAGGGUCGAGCCCAGGCCCCACGGCCUCGUCAGCCCUGGCGCGAGUAGGCCAGAGAGCCGGGAUGAGCAGAAAGCAAGACGACCGCCCUCACGAGCUCGAGAGCCAGUUCAUACUGCGCCUGCCCGCGGAGCAGGCCUCGACCGUCAGGGAAAUCAUUCGUUCCCGAGACCCCGCCACGAGGGAUAAACUGAAGAUCGACCUGUCCCCCGAUGCGCGGCGCGCCGUCGUUCAGGUGGAUAACGUUAACCUGGCGGCCAAGGUGGUCGACUUGCCCUGUGUCAUCGGGAGCCUGAAAACCCACGAUAGGAAAACCUUCUAUAAAACAGCAGACGUGUCCCAGAUGCUUCUGUGCAGCGCCGAGGGCGGCCUCCGCUCCGCCCCGGAAGGGCCGGCCGCUUCUGCCCGCGCCACCGCCACGGGGGGCCGGGAAGGGGAAACAGAGGAAAACUACAUCUGGAAGCACGGCGUCACGCCACCACUCAAGAACGUCCGGAAGAAACGGUUUCGGGUACCCACAAGAAAGCUGCCCGACACGAAGCAGGGCGAAGACAGCGGCAGCGGCUGCAUUGAUUCUAAAGCGGUGGAAAAGGAGGUGAAGAGACUCCUGCGGUCAGACGCCGAAGCCAUCAGCACCCGAUGGGAAGUCGUUGUCGACGGUGCCACCAAGGCCGUCCAGGGGCAAACCUGUAUCCCAGGGCCGCCGGUAUCCACCGAAAUGAGUGGCCCUCGCUCAUUCGAAUGUGCUGUGCCUCAGAGCACGUUCUGUGAUUCCAGCUGUCUCGAUGACGAGCAAGAUGAAGAUGAGGAGGAUGAAGACGAAGAGGAUGAUGAAGACGAGGAUGAUGAUGAUGAAGACGAGGAUGAUGAUGAUGAAGACGAGGAUGAUGAGGAUGAAGACGAGGAUGAUGAUGAUGAAGACAAGGAUGGUGAAGACGAGGAAGAUGAUGAAGAUGAGGAGAAGGAAAGUGAGUCUGAAGAAGAUAUGGAAAGGGAGCUGCAAGCCAAGUUUAUUGAGUUUAACUUGUGCGAAGCUAAGGAAGGUUGUAGUUCAGUGAUCUUGGGAAUUCAGAAGCUGAUUCAUCACAAGGAGAAAAGGCUCCAGCAGAUCCAGGCCAAAGCACGACGCCAGAAAAAUCUCCUCAGAAAAUUGGAAAACGCGACCCUAAAGAGUCAUUUCCAAUCUGUGCUAGAACAGCUCAAGUUGCAGGAGAAGCAGAAGUAUGAGCAGAUUAUUUUCUUACAGCAACAACUGCAAUAUUUUUUGAAGAAGUAAGAAGACCCUGACUCUAUCAUUCCGACUGAACUUGGUGAAACUGUAUGUUUCCCCCUAAUUAUCUUGAAUUAAUUUUUUCUUCGAACGAUUUGCUAAUUGUAGUGUUUCAAGAACACAGUCACGUAGGAAAGGGCAGUAUAAAAACAUGAUAGCUUAAAGGGUUCUGAUUGAUUAUGGGGCUUGGCUUCUCUCCCUUAAUUUGAGAGCUCAUGUAUUGCUUCUCUGUUAUGAUUCUAUCAGAUCAUUUACUUGUGUUUAACAAAGGGAGACAGUCUAGCUUACAAGGCCCUACAGCUAGUUUGCAUAUGUUUAAACUGUUCAAGUAUUUGCUACAACAUAGAAAAACUUUUCUAGGUGUGGUGGUCCACACCUGUAAUCUCAGCACUUGAGAAGUUGAGGCAGAAUGAUAACUUCAAGGCCAGCCUGGGCUACCUAGCGGUUUCCAGGACACUUUGGUUUACAUAGACCAGCCUCAAAACAAAGAAUAAAUACUGGAAUCUGUUGAGGUAAAGAUUGCUUUCCUGCUCAGGAAUUUUUGUGUGUGUAUGCAACUGAUUUUGUACUAAUGUUGGCAGUUGCAGCAUAGGUGUUAUCCUUACUUGAAAUUUCUUUAUCCUAAUUUUACUAGAAAAGAUUAGGAAAAGUCAGAUGCCUAUAAUGCCUAUGAAAGCUUCCCUACCAACCCUGGGCUGCUUUGGCAGUGUUGUUUUAAAGCUUAGUUUGUAUUCUUUAAGCAAAAAAUAAAUUCUCUUGAAUGGAAAUAA